AUGUCAAUUGUCAAAUGUCAAUAAUUUAUGUGAGAUAAAUUUUUAUUUGUUUGAUUUGCGACAAAAAUAAUUAAAAAAGAGAACCUUUUAUGAUUCUAAGGUGGUUUGGUUCAUUUUUCGAAAGAAGGUUUGAUAUUUAAGUCAUGCCUGAGGAUUGUACAACAGAGAGUGAACUUGAGCAGGUGCUAGACGAUUUGGAGGACUACAGCCUCAACGCUCGCAAUUAUCAGACUUUACUGGACACAUUGAAUUCAGUGGACCAUAUCACAGCAUCAACAGCAGAAAAACUACUAUUACUAUGCUUUAGAGACAGGAUAGAAGACUGGAAAUAUACCACACAUGUCCUAAACAUAGUAAAAACUCUAUUGAAAAAAAUCAAAGAUGGACUUUGCACACCACUACCAAAUCUUGUACCUUCAGCAUUAGCAAUACUAAAUGUGCUUAACACGGCAGCACAAUUCAAACUUGAAGCACUGAAGACAAUGUGCUUUGAGAUUUUAUUAUCUUACCCUGAUGAAGCUAUUAUCGGUCUAUGCAUUAGCCAUUCUCAUGAAAUAUUUAAGCUUAUCAAUCUAUAUUGUCAGCGCGAUGAUUUAAUACCUGCUGAACUCAGAAUACAGCCAAUACACAUUGUAGCAAGACUUCUCCGAAUAUUGCCACCUGAUACAAAGGAAACAUUCGUAAAAGAUGGAAUUAAUAUUUGGUUCACACGAGUUAUACCACUUGUGGUUGGAGAGUCAGUUACUAAUACUAGUGACACAGUGCUGAAUUUAUUGGAGGCAUUAGAACUGUUGACUGAUGAACUUGUUAAAUUUGAAUAUGCGAAGAAUUCAAGUUGGCUAGAGAUUUUAGUAAAUAUUCAUACACCAACAAGGUAUCCAGCAUUAGUGAAAAGCCUUUUAGAAAAUCGCAGUAACUAUUGGCAUAGACUAUGGAUUGUUUUCAUCAAAUUAUUAAAAAGUCAAAUAACAAAAUGUAAUAAUACAACUGCGAGUCCAAUUAAUACAUUGCUCCCUUGUGUAGAGACAGCUUUUAAAUUGGAUGUUAAAAACCGAUGUAGAGCUUUUCUUUGCUGGAAUGCUUUAAUAGACAACUUCUCAAAAGAGCCAAGUGAAGCGCUCUUGAACAAAAGGUUGAAACUAUUAAUGGUACCUCUUACAGCAAAUAAUGCAAAGGUAGAAGAAACAGCUUUAGCCAAAUUGAAAACAUGGUGGUAUUUGAUUACCAGUUUUGAAGCAAAGCUAGAUAAAUUCUUAGAAAUAGUUGUGAUACCGUUCUUGACAUUCUGUUUUGGUAAACCAGGAGGUCAUCUGCUAGUACCAGGAAAGAUUUCUGCUAAAACAAAAGUUAUGUGUGUACAAGCAUUUAUCAAUGUAAUUGGACAUUCUCAAUGCGAAGGAUGCGUGGCUAUGCCUAGAUUGAAGGUGAAGUUGUUGAAUACAAAGCUACUGGUAAAUCAUUAUAAAGACUGGAUUCAUUCCAUCAGCAGUGCUAUAAGGAUAUGCGUGGAGCAAAGUGGUGAUUUUACUGAGCAACACAUCAAGUGUAUUUGGAAGUCUUUUAUUAUGACAAUCGGCGAAUUGCCAGAGAACAAUAUUAGACGAGAUCUUUUUAACGAGGCAUUAAUAUUGUUGGAUGGAUUGACACAGGACUGUGACAAUCGGCUGAUGGGGGCUAUAGUGAAUGUAUUAAUACCAACAUUGUUCGACAGGGAUGAGGAAAUUCAGCCAUUGUUGAAGUCAAAUGAUGAACAAAACGCACCAGUUCACAAAAUUUUUGCAGUACUCAAUAAACUGCCACUUGACAGCUUAGAAGAUAGGGUAACUGCGCUAGAAAGUAUCAAAUUGAUGGUAGACUAUGCUGUUAAGACAUCAAGCAACACAGUGGAAUUGUUGUUGAUGACGUUGACGUCAAACGGCGUGUUGCUGUGGACGGCGCUGGCUGAGGCCAUCGGUUGGCGUGUGUACAGCGCGUGUCCGCGCCUGCUCGCUAAGAUGUUCCUGUGGCCGUUCAACUUUAUGAACAAUUUUGCUAACAAAGUAGAAUCGACGUCAGCUUGGCUCAACCUAUACAAAACCAUAAGUUCGAAUAAACAAAUAAAAUCAAUUAAUAAAGACAUUAUCAAAGCAUUAAUGACCCAUGGUGUUAAACAUUCAUCUUGUGUGUUCGUUUUGAACGCUACAAUUGCUGUGCUGGAGAACAAACUACUGCAAGGAGAUACUGAUUUCGAUAAAGAGGUGGAGUUGAUUCUUCAACUGACCAGUGAAGUUAAUGAAACACAAAUAAAAUUAAUACUUCCAUCGCUUUCUGGUAUUAUAGUUCAUACACUAACUGCUUUGAUUAAAAACAUAAAUGUACCUGUAGCAGAAACUGUAAUGUUUAUUAUUAACAACAUAUUGAAAAUAUGUAAAGUGGUAUUUCAAGAACAACCUGAAAAUGAAAGUGAUCUCCUUAAAGAUAUCAAUAAUAUCUUCAAUUCAUUAGAAUCCUUCUUCAAGUUGGAUUUGUACUCUAGACUAAAAAUUUAUUUAGCGGAUCAAUUAAAAGAGUGUGCACCAUAUCUUAAAAAUGACAAAUUAUUACAUAGCCACAUUCUCGCCAUUUAUAAGACAUCUGUAAAUAAAAAUCUUGCUUACAAUACUGUGGAGGAAGUUGUCCAAGCAUUUGAAAUUAAUGAAGUGCCUAAUUUAGAAAGUCUAACCCCUAAACAAAAUGAAGAUUCAAAAAAAUUUCCUACCCCAAGUGGUAAGGCUGUAAAGAAAUCCAAAAAGGAAGCUAGUAUAACAAGUACUGUUAUAGAAAAUGGAGAAGAGUAUGUUGUUGUCAAAUCAAACUGGAAAUUUAACCCUAGAAAAUUAACAGAGAAUCAGAAAGAAAAGCUGCAAAGAAAGAGAGAAGAUAUACCAGCCAUGUAUCAGGAUCUGUCUCAGUCACAAGAUGAGUUUAAGCUAACAACUUGGAAAACAGAUUCACAAGACACAAGUACCACAUCGAGUAAAUCAGCAAAUGAAGAUGUUUCUGUGAUACUUAAAAAUAUACCUAACUUUUUUCCAAAAAUAACAGAAAAUGUCUCCUCCAAACCUGUAACAGAUGUAACACAAAACACAGAACCUAGUAAAGAAAAAUUUAACAUUAAUAAUGACAAAUCUGAAAAUGAUAAGAUAAAUAAUGUCCAAAGUACUGUUAAGGAUGUUAAAUCUCCGCGUAUGGCAUUGAAAGAUCGUGUUUUACGUAAUGUGCGGAAUUUGACAGAAAGGUCUAAUUUAGAUCAAGAAUGUACAGAUGUUACAGUAAAUAUUUUGAAAACUCCUAUAGUUUCAAAAGUCAAGCCUUUAAGUAACUCAAUAAUCUCUACUCCUUCGCAAAUUAAUCCAGAAAGACCAUCACGAGUGAAAAGAAAACCUAAAAAGUUUGACGAUGUAGAAUUACUCUCACUGACAAAAAAACGGCAUUCAUUAAAUAGCAGCGAUUCACAAACCGAUAUCGAAAUAACUGAAAAUCAAAUUAAUACUAAAAUGGACACUGUGAAAGACGACAAGACAGUUGAUUAUAAAGCAAAAGAUGAUAAAGAUAAAAAAGAUGAUGACAAUGAUAAAGCAAAAGAUGUGGACAAUACUAUUGAAAACUCUGCAGUGGUUAAAAGUGAUAUAAAUGCAGUAGAACGUCAUGAAAAUGAUGAAUUAGGAGGAAAAGUAACAAUGACCAAUUGUUUUGUAGUAACAGAAAAUUUAAAUCUUACAAAUGAUGCUAUAAAAAAAUGCUCUAAAAAAGAUGAAAGUAAAAGUAAUGCCCUACCUGCAACUAUGUAUUUCAAAAAGAAAGAAACAAUAGAAGAGAAACCAUGCCCUUAUAAAACUGAUAAUAGCAAGGUAUAUAUAUCAAGUGAUAAAAUAGAAACAGUAAAGGAAAAAGCUGAAGAAAAGACAUGUUCUGAUGAUAACACUGUUGCUGUCUCUACGCCUAAAGUAACAGAUAAAGUGAUAGAAAAGCAGGCAUGUUCAAGUAAAAAGUCAAACAGGAAGAAAUCGCGUAUAGAAAGUCAACUGGCAAUCGACAUGGUCGAAGGGCAUCCGUUUUUGAAAGUUCAGUCUGAAAAACGAUCAACGAGAAAACCCGUCUUAAACUCUCCACUUAAACGAAAACGUCUGUCGUUUGAUCCGGAUAGUAAUAAGUUUAAAAGAAAAGGUACACGCAAAGCGGAAAAUAAAACAAAAGAAAAAUCUAUUUCCAUUAAGGAUACUCCGAACUCUGAAGACAUUUGCGCAUCACAGGAUUUUAUUGAAAGUUCCCAGGAUUCAGCUGUGACUACGAUAUCUGUGAAAUCUUCAAAACCUCUUGAAAUUAAAAAAGCCGUUGUCGUAUUAGAACCCAUACAACAUGCAGAAGGCUCAGCUGAAACAGAUACACAAAAUUUGAUAGAUGAUCAAAUCAGCAUAGAUCUAACAAAUAUGGAAAAUAACAGUGAUAUUGAAUUGCCUUGCAACAAGACCAAUUUAAUCAAUCUAACAGAGGAAAUGGACACUCAACCAAUAGAUUAUAAUGCAGUGGAUGUUUUUAGUGAAAACAAAGAUCCUCCAAUUCUUGUAAUUUCUGAGGUCGUUAUAGAACCAUAUACACAAAAUACGGCUGAUGCCGAUACGGAACCAGUGGACCCCAACAUGUUCUUAGAAACAUAUACUGUAAAAACAGGCACAUUUGAUUCAGAUCAGAACACACAAAUCACAGACAUUCCUGAAUCUAACAAAAUAAAUAGUGAAAGUGCAGAAAUAAUUGUAAUAGAGGACAAUGAGACUAAUGCAUCCCUAAUGACAACUGCUGAAGAUGUAACAAAAACUUUGUCCGAGUCAAUAUUAAUAGAAGUAGAAAAAGAGGAUUCGAACACAGCGUGUAAUAAUGAGCAAAGAAAAAAAGACUUUCUGAAUAACACAUUACAAAUAUCGCCUAUAAAAUCAAUGAGCCCGGUUCGAGAUGAGAAAUCUCCAUCGCCCGAAACGAGUACCGAUUACGUAGUGAUAAAUCUGACAUCACCUGUACAAAGUAAUGGACAACCGUUUGAAAUUUGUGAAUCUCCAGAAAUAUUUACGGAAGACAAAGUGUCGCCUGAUAAGCGAGACCAAUCUCCGCCGCGAGAGGAAGUCAGUGUCAAAAGUGGAAGUCCCAGUUCGUCUUUGUCUUUAAAGAAAAAUAGACCCCAGAUGCGUUCCGGCGGCAGGGCUGCCCAAAUGCUAGGACUGUGCGUCCCAGAUAGAUUACAACCAAUCAUGGCUUCCGAAAAACAUACAGACCCCGAAGAGGCUAAACGAAGUCCAUCUUUGAAUACAUCCGCGAAACGUAAUUUGAGAAUUCUUUAUAAUAGUUCUGUUUCUAAUAGUGAAAAUAUUAACACUUCCGAUGAUACCGAGGACAGCGAAAGUUUCCUCAAAUUCAAAAGAACUUUGCCCACUACUGAUUGCAGUCCUUCCGGGCCAAUUUUGAAGAGGAAGUUAAUCGACAUUACAGACGAAACCACCGCAUCACCGGCGAGUAAAAGAAAACGUGUGAGCUUCCACGACCCACCGGUAUCUACGACUAUUUGCGUUAAAAAGUAUAUUGAACCUAUCAGUAUUCGGUCUCCACAAAAUUCUGCAACUAAACGCCUAGAGAGGCAGACGCGAGCACAAACAGCUGCCAAAUCACCCAGAAGAUUAGAAAACGCAUUCAAAUUAGAUUGCGUAUUAACUAAAGCGGUAGAGAGUUUUACCGGGGCUCCCGAGACUAUGACCGAAGACACGGAAAUGAGCUCUCUAGAUGAAACGCCUGUACUUGAAAUAAUAAAAACCAGUGAUUUGAAUGAUACGGAUCCAAUUUGUAAAGAACUAGAGGAUUGUGAAGAUCUUAUAGAUAAUAUAGCUGCGGAGUUAUCGUCGCCCGCGAUGAAAGCGUUGCUUGUUAAGAAGUUCGAAGGAAAGGUAGAAACUAUAGGGGACUUGGCAAAAAUGACUGAGCUCGAAGUUAAUAGACUUUGCAUCAAAGCACCUAAAGUCCAGAUCGCUAAGAAAGUUUUAAAUGAAUAUUUGUCGAAGCUCAAGCAAGCGAGUGAGGAAAUUACUCCGACGGUCGAAGCGGCGAUGAGCGAAUCGACUGUUCUGGAAGCCAGAAAAAGUAUAGAAGUUCAAACAGACAGUACUACAUUAGAAAGUACUGAAACACAGACUGAUAGUGUUUCAGUCGCAUUAGCCAGUUCUCAGACAGAUGAAGCUGUGAUGUCACAUAGCUUUGCACAAACUAAUGAAACAGGAAGCAAAUCAACGACAGAUAUUAUAACUGAAUGUUUAUCAGAGAGACCCGAUUUUGUUGAAAGAUUAUCUGAAACUAUGGAUGAGAUAUCCAAAAAGAAAAUUCUUGAAAACUUACCAAAUGAUGUAUUAAUCAAAAUAUUACUGGAUAAGAGCAGCAGUGGGGAUGGUAAACACGUAUUAUCGAUUCUGCAAGAUCAUCUAGUGGAAAGGUUUGAACAUAAAGAUUUGAUACUGUUUUGCAGUAGUUUGUUAAAAAUGGUUUAUGAUGCGUAGUCUAUACUUAUAUAUUAUAAGUUGGUAUGUACAACUAAUCCAAACAUUACGUAUAGUACCUAUGAAUAAAAUAUCAUGAAGUCUCCCUGUCUCCCUCGCACACGGGCUACUUAGCAUGAUUGAGAAAAUUAUUGUUUUGUUUGUGAAAUACAGCGUGAUUUUUGUUUUUAAACCGAACAUUACAUAACCAUUUGUUAAUUAUGUAUAGCUUUCGUUAAGUGUUCGACAGUGAAUGAUAGCCACAAAGCUCAUUUGACAUUUAUUUUUAAUCCAUUGAAGGUUUUCUAUGAAAAGUUAUUUUAAUAGAGCAUAGGCGAAGCAGCAAUGUAGAACUAACCAAUGUCUAAUCAGCUUGGUGGCUGUCAUUCAAUGUUGAACACUGAUUUAGGGAAUCACUCGCUGGUCUAUCAAUGUAACAGUUUACUAUGUGGAAUCUAAUUAAUUGUAUGUAUUAUAACUAUCAAUAUUAUACUUGUACAUAUUACACGAGAAUAGAAAUCACUUGGCAUCAAUGACAUAAUCUGAAACAUUAUUUAAUUUUACAAAAAAUCUUAUCAUUAUUGUAUGCUAAGUCCAGUUUAAAAUCCUAUGUUUUCUGUUGUGUGACCCUCCAUAGCAAAAAACAGUAUUAAUGCAUAGAAUAAUUAAAUUGAUAUGCAAGCAAUCAGCAUACUGCUGAGUCGUAUUUACAAUCAAAAUAUUAAAAAAAUUCAAAGUAUAAAAUACUUUUAUUGUUAUAUUUUAAACACGGACACAACCAUUUUCAAUUUGAUACCAUUUCUUUUUUUUUUUUUCAAUUUGAUACCAUUUUUCACUCGGCUUUCACUAGACAAACUGUACAGUGUACAUGCUUUUUUUAUUGUAUUCAGUUUUAUUUAUUGUAUCUCAAUUUUCAAUAGUUUUAAGAUGUGUGUGAAUAUGACAUGCGACUAGUUGCGACGGUAGAUAGUGAUGUUUUAUACAGUACUAAAGUUGAAAAUUGAAACCUAUAGAGCGCACUUUGGACUUUGCUUAGACUUAAGUUUGACUUAAAACGAGACAGACUUAUGCCAGCGGUAUAACACUGUCUCGUUUUAACAGUGUCUUAAGUCUGAGCAAACUCAACUCAAAGAUCUCGCCUUUACUGAUCGCAGACAAGUAGUCCAAUCUGAAUGUUGCAACAUGGAGGUUUAUGCAGGUCAUAGACUAAAAAAUAGUACACAAGCCCGCCUAAGAUCUGGUUUUAGGAUUACGUACAUCAACAGGAAAAAAGGAACCCUUAUAGGAUCACUUCGUUGUCUGUCUGUAUGUUUGUCCGUCUGUCGUGUCUGUUAAGAAAAAAUUAUAUGGUACUUCCCGUUGACUAAAAUCAUGAAAUGUAGACAGACAGACAAAGUGAUCCUAUAAGGGUUCCUUUUUCUCAGGAGAUACGGAAACCACCUUCGGCCAAAUCUUCGGCUUCACCCAAAAAGGGGCCGAAGUUUUGACUUAAAGCUAAAGGUUUCUAGCAUGUGCAGAAAUUGAACGAAAGAGUUUUAGGAGUUGAUUAUUAUGAUAAUCUAAUUAUUUCACACUAGUUGAGAAAAACUGAGACUGAUUAUGAUUGUUAAAUUACUUAUGUAAAUAAAUUUUAUAAUUGACUUUUU